AUGAUAGGUCUUUAUCUGAACUGUCGAGUGACAUAUUGCCAACCUAUUCUUCAUUUAACGAAAAGAAAAUACAUUAAAGAUAUGGAUACUGCUUGGGACACUCUAUAUCCAAAUCUCUGCCAGGAAGGACCAAUAAUAAAUGGAGCAGGCCAAGCCUCUUUAAUCAAUCAAGGAAUGGUUAAUGCUGCUAAAAAAGGAAAAAAGGACAAUCAACUAUAUGAACCUAUAUAA